AUCUUGCAGAUAUAAAUAUGUGGCUCCGGAAGCUACUUCAUCCAUCGAGCUAAGGAGACAUUUGUCAAAUAUUCUAUAUGCUUAAGUGAAGAUGGCCAUAUUAUCCUAUGCCCGCUGCCUUCUCUGGCUCCUCCUUGUUUCAGAGCUUAAAGCGCAGGGUGAGAACAAUGGAACUGACAUGACUCCACUUCAGAAGCACGUGUCCUUCUUUGAUAGGAACAAAGAUGGGGUCAUCUAUCCAAAAGAGACAUACGAAGGAUUUCGUGCAAUUGGGUUCGGUGUUACCUUGUCUUCCUUGUCCUCUGUCUUGAUUCAUGGCUUCCUCAGCCCGAAAACCAACAAUGGAACAAUACCGGCAACCCUUCUCCCUAUUCUUGUAGCCAACAUUCAAAAUGGCAAACAUGGAAGUGACACUGGUGCCUACGACACUACGGGAAGGUUUGUUCCUGAAAAAUUCGAGGAGAUCUUUCAAAAGCAUGCACACACUAAUCCUAAUGCAUUGACAUCUGAUGAGUUGAAAGAGAUGCUUAAGGCGAAUCAACAACCUAAUGACACCCAAGGAUGGGUUGCUAGCCAGACAGAGUGGGAGAUUUUAUUCUCUCUUGUUAAGGAUAAAGAUGGAUUGCUUCAAAAGGACACUGUGAGACUUGUAUAUGAUGGAAGCCUGUUUUAUAAAUUGGAGGCAGAGAGAAAGUCUCCCAAAUGAAAGCACAAGUAUGAGAACUGAAGAGUGGAUUGUUUGGGUUAUUCAGGUCAACAAACUUCUCGUGUGAGAUAUCAUUUUAGAACGUCGACUAUGUAUGCAAAUAAAUUGUU